ACGUAUCAAAAUCAUAUGGAAAAGUUGAAGAUAUUUUUUGUUGUUGUUUUGUAAAAGAGGAUUGUCACAAAGAUGAAGACAUUCAACAGCAACAAUCCGGAGAGGAAGAUGCUCUAUUCUGCAGAUUGUGCAAUGCCGAGCAGCGUUUACUUGUCUAGUAGUAAUGUGAGCGGAAGAAGCAAUCCAAUAAGCAUUGAUCAAGGGUUUCCCAGCAGAAAUGCUAGGGCAGAUACAUCAAGAUUGUCUCCUUCCAAGAGCACAUACCCUCCAAGCCUCGCGAGCAGAGAUGACAUGGAAUCAUGUGUUCACAGUGUUGAUAUCAUACAAGAACACAUCCAGUUGCCCAAGAAAACUCAAAAACUUCAGUAUUUUGGGAUCCAGAGCUGGGGAUUUUCUCUUCUUCGUCCAGAAGUUCCAGCGCUUCACAAGUUCCUGGAACAGAACUUCUCUAUACUGGGUAGAGCGCAGAGGAGAGGCCAGCUGCCUGUGUUUGCUCCUAGUGAUCCUCAUCAAAACCAGUUAUCUUCUUAAUUUCCUUGACACCACAAACACUGAUUUAGUUCCUCUCAGGUGAUAAAGAGCUAGUAUAUUUUUUCUGGGUGAAAUUUUCUUUGAAGUUGUUUCCCUUCUUCUUCAGCUUAUGAAUACAUGACCCAUGAAUCAUGAUAUUGCUGAUAAAGGAAAAUACAGUGCAGAAAUCUAA